GGUGCACGCGUGUGACACGUUUUUAAAUAGAAUAACCGGGAAUACUUUUAACAUCUGUCGUAUACAGAUUUAGCGUAGUACAAGCUUAAACUCGAAACUCGGCAUAACACUUCAUUGAACUUCGCUGGUGAUCAACAGGCUAAUGCCCUCAAACUAUUUUCAUCUGUUUACUUUGGCAGGGUUGCAACCAUUACGUGCCUCAUAAACCUGUAAUACUAUUACCGAAUGGAUUUGUCAAGGCGAUGUGUGUUUUUUUUAUUUUUUUUUAAAUGGCAACACCGAGGAGGUGGUGCCGCGCGGACUGCAAGCGCGUCCGUCAGUUUUCUCGUUCGGCCCCGCCCCGAGGCUAUUUAAAUAUAUCGUGAUGCGUGACGUAGGUACGUCAGAGCACCGCUAAUACGUUUCCUUGAUCGCCGCUGCCCUUCAUAGUAAGAACCUCGUCUUUAUUGACAUGCAAGCCAAAAUAGCGCCAUUUGUUUUGAGGCGGAUGUGAAAAGGGCGCGAAACAUAAAUAGUGUUGCUAUAUGUUGCGUUUAUUUUAAACGCGAUUUGCUGGAGAUAUUUUGUUUUUCUUCUAAUGAAUAUUGACAAUGUCCUGUGAGAGUUUAGUAUCACAAGUAUCCACGAUAUUUUGUUCAGCAUUGCGCAGGCGAGCUUGGUUUAGGUGGUGUCCACAGAAACUGUGCAACUUCAUAGUGCACGAGCGAUGCGUCGGACAGGUGGUAACGCCGUGCUGUGGAGUGGCGCCGAGCCUUAUAAAGAACCCAGUGGCUCACUGUUGGUCAGAGCCGACCCACCACAAACGGAAAUUCUGUACGGUGUGUCGGAAACGACUUGACGAACUACCAGCUUUACAUUGUAUGAUAUGCGAAUACUACGUCCACGGAGAAUGUGUGGACUUCGCGGCGGCAGACUGCAAAGAGAACGCCACAUACUGCGCGGGCAGCGAACCCCGGCAUUUCCAUCACUGGAGAGAAGGCAAUCUGCCUGCAAACUCCAAGUGUUCGGCGUGUCGAAGGGCUUGCUGGUCAGCCGAAUGCCUCACCGGCUACCGCUGCGAAUGGUGUGGCAGUACUUGUCACGCAGGCUGCCGUGCGCUAAUAACAGAAGAAUGCAACUUUGGAACAUUACAACCGAUCUUCCUGCCUCCGUCAGCGGUCUCCAUCCCGCGCACAGAGGUGCCCAUGGAGGCCAUCAUAGGCGUGCACGUGCGGCCUCCACCCUCGCAGCGGGACUUCGGUUGCCCGCGGCGGCGAAGAUGGACCCCGCGGUUGGUCACCCUGGCGCGGAGGCUGCUGCCUGCAUCCUGCACGCCGCACCAUGGCGCUUCGCCCCCGUACUCUAGAGCUCGCAGCGUCAGUGAGGAGUUCAGUUCAGGCUGCGAGGGCCGGUCAGGGUCCGGUGGAGGGUCUACAGGCGCACCUGCGGACCAGGAGCACAAACCUGACCACAAACAGCAUAGAGAUCGAACGCCAGACGAUAGAGAUGAAGAGGUAGUGAAAGUAUACGACGGUGAAGCGGCGUGGUCACGUCGCUUGUACCGUCCAGUCGUGGUCGGGAGGAAUUGGAACGAACGGGAGCUCGUAGCUGCGGCCCUAAGAGCUUUCCACGUGGCCCGGGAUCCAGACCAGUUCGAACUGACAGAUGCUCUGGCGGGGGAAGAGCCGCCCCUGAAAGACCCAACGCCGUUGGCUCGCGUCACGCGGCUGCCGAACAAGCGUCCCGCUGUAUUCCUACGGUUUAAAGAACCAGAAACUGGGGGUGGAGAAGUGCGAGUGUACCCGGGCCGAAUAGCGGGUGCGGGUGACACGUUCGUAACUGUACCGUGUACGGGGGAUGAGUCCGUUGCUGACCUUAUGGCCUCCGCCUUAGAACGGUUCGGCCUGGACCCCUCCUCUGCCACGCAGGACUACCGCUGCUCUGAGAUUCUACUGGAUCGAGGAGUGUCAGAACGUGUGUUAGAAGAAGACGAGCGGCCGUGGCGGAUUCUAGUCCGCCUGGCGCGCGAUUCGGUCCGGCGAAUGGAGCUGGCGCGGUUUUAUUUACAACCGCGUCGAGACCCGCACGGGCCGACCUUAGCUUUAUUUGUUGCUUCCUUACCUCCUGGCCUCUCGGAACGGAAUUACGAGACUAUACUUGUAGAAUUUUUAGGUGCAGAUAAUAAGUUCACAUCAAUCGGUCCGAUUUACUACGAGUACGGGUCGAUGGUGAUCACGUAUGAGGACGCCAGUAAGGCAGUGCGCGCCCUCUACGCGCUCAGAGAGGCCAAAUAUGAAGAUAAGCAUUUAUUAGUGAUGCUGCUACCGAGCAUCGAACCUUCCAUGGUCCCGGCGGGGGUGAAGCCUCUCCUAGUGUUCGUGAACGUGAAGUCCGGUGGUUGCCAGGGCCUGGAACUCAUCUCCUCCUUUCGGAAACUCCUCAACCCGUAUCAAGUUUUCGAUUUAGAAAACGGUGGUCCGUUACCUGGGCUGUACGUAUUCCGUCAUAUUCCUAAUUAUAAGAUACUGGUGUGCGGUGGAGACGGCACUAUCGGCUGGGUUCUGCAGUGUCUCGAUAACGUGGGGCAAGACUCACAAUGUUCCAAUCCUCCUUGCGCCAUUGUGCCCCUGGGAACAGGCAACGACCUCGCCCGUGUCCUCCGCUGGGGCUCCGGUUACACUGGUUGUGAAGAUCCCAUGUCCUUGCUGCGUGACGUCAUUGACGCUGAGGAGAUCCGGCUCGAUCGCUGGACCGUCGUCUUCCAUCCUGAGGACAAGCAGGACGAACCAAAAGACCUCUCCAAACAGACCUUACCCGUGUUCACCUGUGUCGGGCUAGGUUCCCAGAGCGAGGACAACUCGCAAAUCCUGGUCAUGAACAAUUACUUUGGCAUCGGGAUCGACGCCGACCUCUGUCUAGACUUCCAUAACGCGAGAGAGGAGAAUCCAAACAAAUUCAAUAGCAGGUUACGCAAUAAGGGUGUGUAUGUAAAGAUGGGUCUUCGUAAGAUGGUGGGUCGCAAGAUGUGCAAAGACCUUCACAAGGCUGUCAAGCUGGAGGUGGACGGUAAACCUGUCGAGCUGCCCGCUGUCGAGGGAAUCAUCAUCCUAAACAUUCUUAGCUGGGGCUCGGGUGCGAACCCGUGGGGUCCGGAGAAGGAUGACCAGUUCAACAAGCCCAACCAUUGGGACGGCAUGUUGGAGGUGGUUGGCGUCACGGGAGUAGUUCACCUUGGCCAAAUACAGUCCGGUCUGAGAGGCGCUAUGCGAAUUGCACAGGGCGGACACAUAAAGAUCAAUCUCAAAAGCGAGAUCCCCGUACAAGUUGAUGGGGAGCCAUGGGUGGCUGCACCGAGUGAAGUCGUCGUACUCAAAUCCGCACUCAAGGCCACUAUGCUGAAGAAGCGCGCCAAGGUGCGGCGCCGCAGCACGGAGCCCACGCUGGCCCCCCCCGCCCCGCCGCCGCCGCCGCCUCCACCCCCCGAUUCCUGAAUCUGGCUCAGCGAGCGCCUCAUCUGACCGGUCUCGGGCUCAAGGCCGGCGGGGCGUUCGCUUCGUCAGAUCACGUGUAAAUAACACAUAUAUAACUUAUUGAAGAAUAAAUUUAUAGUCAUUA